AUCUAUUUUUGUUCCUGAUGGUGCUGUGAGGAAACCAGUUAACAUAAAAAUUCAUAUGUAUGUUGACGAAAGGCUAAUGCCACCAUCUACUAAAGCCAAUGAUGGAUACAUUCUAAGUCCUCUCUAUGUCUUUGAACCUCAUGGAUUAACAUUUUCCAAACACGUGCAAGUGCAUUGUCCUCCUCCGGUUGAUUCUAAAGGAUGGCAUUUGUCACUGAUGAGAGCAAUGUGUGAUACUUCCACUUUAUCUCAAUUGUGGGAGCCACAAGCCAUAGUAACAUAUAAUUCUGAUUUUGACGAAGUGAAUGUGGAGGACCCAGACUGUAGGUAUGAUCUUACCAUGCAGUGGGACUUUGAGUGAAAACACUUCUGUUGGCACUGGUGGGUUGGAAAGCCUGUUGACAUGUUUCUGUCUACAAAAACUAUGAUGUUUUCUGUGUUUGGUUAUGGGCAAAGACCUUCAUCAAAUAUUUGGAAUCCCACUAUCCAUUGCCAUGAUAAUUGUCACAAGGUUAUUGAGAAAAUGAAACGCGAUGAGAGUAGUCUAUUUCCAAGUCGUUCUUUCUUGUGUCUACAUAAAGAAAUGAAAAUGAAGUUUGAAGACAACAUUGAAUUUAAUAUUACACGUGGUGAUUGGAAAGCUACUUCACAGCUACUGGUAGUAGCUGCUGCUCAGUUUUGGCACAAAUGGAUAUGCUUGGACAAGACAUUUGACAUAACUGUGGAGUUUGAGCAUGGUGAUGAGCAUCGUACAAACGAGUGUAUUGUGGAUAUUAGCCAAGGUGGUCAGUCGGUUGCACUGGUAAUGUCUCCUUGUCUUGUUUGGGACAGUCCAGAAAACAGAGUGAGUGAAACAGAUGAGAUAGUUUUGCAUUUAGUUGUGCAUUCGUAA